CAGUUUACAAGAUGGCCGACCUUCUCGCUGGCGGCAGCGACUCUGAUGAAGAAGUUGAGCUGAAAUUAAACGAAGACUACGCUAAAAACUACAACAAAUGGAGGGAGAAGGAAGAACUUCAGAAACUGAAGGACAAGUAUGGGGAUGGUGCAACGUUGGAUAGCUCUUCUAGUUCGUCCGAAUCUGAAGACGAAGAUGCUGAGGAACUUACUCCAGACGUUGAGAAAAAAUUUCUGGAGACUCUCAGUGCACUCAAGAGCAAGGAUCCCAAGAUUUACCACAAGGACACUGUUUUCUUCGAGGGGUUCAACGAUGCGGUUGCUGCCAAAGGUAAAGGACAAGGCAAGAAAGAGAAGCCCAUGUUUCUCAAGGAUUACGAACGGAAGGUGAUCCUGGAAAAAGAAGGUGUGUUUUCCGACGACGAAGAAGAUGUAGAAGAAAGCGUUCGUAAUCUUAAGUCCUCCAAGCAUAGUGGCCAAUAUGCCACAGCCGAAGAAGAGGAACAACUUAAAAGAAGCUUCAAAGCUGCUCUGGCAGACGACGACAGUGAUGCAGACGAUGGUGAUUCUCUCCUGAAAACUGCCGAGAAGAGUAAAGAAAAAAAGGCUGAGAAUGACCAAGAGUAUGUGAGCUGGCUGAAAGGUGAAGUGGACAAGCUCAAACAGAAAAAGGAUGCAGAGAAGUUGGGCUACCUCCGCAGCUACUGGAACAGCGACAGCCUGGAGAAGUCCGAAGAGUUUCUGCGCGACUACAUCCUGAACAAGCGCUACCUGGAAAAAAACAACAGGGCGCCGGUCCGCGUGGAAGAGGAAGAGGAUUUGAGUGAAGACGAGGCAACCUUGGAGCAGCAGGAGACGUUUGAGCACAAGUUCAACUACCGGUUCGAAGAGCCGGACGCCGAGUUUAUCAAAAAGUAUCCGAGAACGAUGCAAGACUCGAUGCGAAGGAAAGAUGACCGGCGGAGUGUGAAGAGGCACGAGACGCGGGAACGGAAGCAAGAGGAGAAAGAGCUGAAGAAGGAGGAGAUCAAGCGUCUGAAGGCACUCAAGCGCAAGGAGAUUCUGGACAAGCUGGAAAGGCUCAAGGAGAUCACCGGCAACGACCAAGUGGGCUUUGCAGACGAGGACAUUGACGGCGACUUUGAUCCCCAGGAGUACGACCGACGCAUGAAUGACAUCUUCAACAAGGACUACUACGAACAGGCGUGCGAAGAGCAAAAGCCCGAAGACCCCGUUGACGAGGAGGUUGGCUUGGAAGACUGGGACAACUGGAAUGGGGAGCAGGGCGAGGAGGAAGCCGGCGACGAAGGCGGCUACGGCUGCGACAACAACGGAGAAGACUACGACAAAGCCGACCCGUCGACUUCAGACUGGACAGGUGACGGGGAGAGGCGCGGCAAGCGACGGCGCAGAUCUGUCUUUGCAAAAACCAUCAGCAAGAAGAAGCCGCUCUUUGACCCCUCCAGCAAGACGUUUGAGGAGUACUUUGACGAGUACUACAAGCUGGACUUCGAAGACAUAGUCGGAGGGAUGCCCACCCGGUUCCGGUAUCGCAGCGUGGUUCCCAACGACUUCGGCUUGAGUGUUGACGAGAUCUUGGCAGCGAAGGACAAGGAGCUAAACCGGUGGUGUUCGGUGAAGAAGACGUGUCAGCACAGGCCAGAGCAUGAGGAAUUCCAGGAACUCCAGAAUUACAAAAAGAAGGCGUCUAACCUGGCUCUGAAGCGGAAGAUAUUUCCAAGCUUGUUCCAGCCCGGCGAGCCCGAGACUACUUCCUCUGAAGCGGCGGCAAAGAACGGUGCAGACUCGAGCUCCAGUAAACGAAAAAGGAAACGUAAGAAGAAAUCUUUACCAGCUGUGGACGAAGGUAAUGAAACGGCCAAACAGAUAUCCAGUCACAGCACUGCAAGAACUUCGAACAUCUCGGAGCAAUUGAACUCUGGAAGGAGCCCUGAAGACAAGAAGACGGCCGUCGACACUAUCCCUCAAGCAAAAAAACAGAGGCUUCUGAAGUCGGAAAGUUUUACCGAGGCCACACCCACCGUGGAAAAGGCUCGGACUGGCCCCGCUUUAACAAAUGGCAAAAAGAAGAGAAACAAGGUGAAGAAGGGAGGCGUUCCAAAGCAGGUCCGUGCCCAGAGACAGAACGACGCCACCUCGGCGCUCAAGAUGUCGGACAUUCGGCUGAAGGCGUACGGUCUCAACCCGAAGAAAGUGAAGGCGCGGCUCAUCUACGGGAGGAAGAAGGGAGAGUCCUGAUUCGUUGGUGGAUCGGCUAGAUUGCAUUGUUUUUAAAUGUACCAUGGUAUACAAAGAAACCAACGUUUGUCGUCUUUUUACUCGUCACAAUGAAAUGUACAGAACCAUU